CAGUUCUCAAACUUCCCCACCCUCUCUUGUUUCGAUUUUUGUCAAGGAAUUGGCUUUCCUUCGGUUUUCCGUAUAUAGAACAAAAUGCCUGAAAUGACGGAAGUAGAAAAACCGGUUGUUCCUGAACCCAAGCCGGAACAAAGUGCUUCGUCUACGGACAGUGAAUCUGAAGAUGAAAUUCCCGAAUUGGAAGAUGCAGGGGCUGCCAACAGCGGAACUAGUGCUUUUCCGGGGGCUGCUGCCGCUGGUUUACCCAUUGAUAUGGUCUCGAAGGCCAAACAGUCGCGCGGAGAAAAGAAAGCGAGGAAAAUUAUGUCCAAGUUGGGACUUAAACCAGUGACUGGAGUGAACAGGGUGACUAUUCGCAAAUCAAAAAAUAUUCUUUUUGUUAUAAACAAGCCAGAUGUUUACAAGAAUCCAGUCAGUGAUACUUAUAUUGUAUUUGGUGAAGCUAAAAUAGAGGAUCUGUCUCAGCAGGCGCAAGUUGCCGCCGCUGAGAAAUUCAAGGAAGUCAAUCCUGCUGGAGAAGGUGCGUCUGGAAACCCCACGUCAGUUGCACCGAUUGCUGAAGAAUCUGAGGAUGAGGAAGUUGAUGAGACUGGUGUUGAAGAAAAGGAUGUUGAAUUAGUUAUGUCACAAGCCAAUGUUAGUAGAGUAAGGGCCAUAAAGGCACUUAAAAACAAUUGUAAUGAUAUAGUCAACGCAAUUAUGGAGCUUACCAUGUGAUGAGUCUAAUAGAGGCUUGAAUUGUCACUUUUUCUUCAUUUUAAAUCUGACUCUGUUCUGAGAGUGUAAAUAAAUAAUAAAAGUCAGUUGUGGUAGUA